CAUCCCCACUUUGCUUCUGACAUUCCCCGAAAUCUUUGCUUCUAAAGAAAGAGAACCGGAGGAGAAGAGAUGGAGAGGAAUUGAAACUUGAAAGAGAGCUUCACCUAACCAGAAAAGCCCAAAUGUUAUUCUGACGAAAAAUGAUACUCCUUCUAGUAAUCUGAUCAUCUUCAACUCCGGACCCAUCAAUUGGGUGCACCUAGGAAGCUUGAGAAGCUAGCUCGAUCGUACCAAUGGCGGAGAUGAAGAUCUUGUGUUCAAUUAUCUUGGCAUUAAAUAUUAGUAUUGUCCUUGUGGAAUCCAAGUACAUAGAAUACAACACAUCACACAGGAUCGUCCCCGGGAAAAUUAACGUCCAUCUGGUACCUCACUCCCACGAUGACGUUGGAUGGUUGAAGACCGUCGAUCAGUACUAUGUCGGUGCCAACAACUCCAUCCGGGGAGCGUGUGUUCAGAACGUCUUGGAUUCUGUAAUUUCGUCUUUGUUGGAUGACAAGAAUCGGAAAUUCAUCUAUGUUGAAAUGGCAUUCUUCCAGCGCUGGUGGAGACAGCAGAGUGAGGUACUCAAGAUCAAAGUCAAGGAACUCAUCAGCUCCGGUCAACUAGAGUUCAUAAAUGGAGGAAUGAGUAUGCAUGAUGAGGCAACCCCACAUUACAUUGACCUAAUUGAUCAGACAACUCUGGGGCAUCAAUUUAUCAAAAAUGAAUUUGGUCAGAGACCCAGAGUUGGUUGGCAGAUUGAUCCUUUCGGACAUUCUGCUGUUCAAGCUUAUUUGUUGGGUGCAGAGCUAGGAUUUGACUCUCUCUUUUUUGCACGAAUUGAUUACCAAGACAGAGCUAAGCGGAGGGCUGAGAAGACUCUCGAGGUUGUUUGGCAGGGUUCAAAAUCCCUUGGUUCAUCUUCACAGAUAUUCACUGGUAUAUUCCCCAGGCAUUAUGAUCCUCCUGAUGGUUUCACCUUCGAAAUAAAUGACGUGUCUCCUCCUAUUCAGGAUGAUGUUCUCCUGUUUGACUAUAACGUCAAAGACCGUGUGGAUGACUUUGUAGCUGCUGCAGUGGCACAGGCAAAUGUAACCAGGACAAACCAUAUAAUGUGGCUCAUGGGUACGGAUUUUCGGUAUCAGUAUGCAAAUUCAUGGUUCAGGCAGAUUGACAAAUUCAUUCAUUACGUCAACCUGGAUGGGCGUGUAAAUGCUCUAUACUCAACCCCGUCCAUCUACACUGAUUCAAAGCAUGCAGCAAAGGAGUUAUGGCCUCUUAAAACUGGUGAUUUCUUCCCGUAUGCAGAUCGUGAAAAUGCAUAUUGGACUGGUUAUUUUACAAGUAGGCCGGCCUUUAAAGGUUAUGUCAGAAUGAUGAGUGGUUACUACUUAGCAGCAAGGCAGCUGGAAUUUUUUAAGGGCAGGAGCAGUUCAGGGCCAAAUGUAGAUGCACUGGCUGAUGCAUUGGCAAUCGCUCAGCAUCAUGAUGCCGUGAGUGGAACUCAAAGACAACAUGUAGCUUCUGACUAUUCUCUGCGACUUUCUAUUGGCUAUGCAGAGGCUGAAAAGGUGGUUGCAUCAUCUCUUGCUUUAUUAGCAAAGUCAAGAUUAAAUACCAGUCAAGAAGACUCGCUCACCAAGUUCCAGCAGUGCCCCCUCCUUAAUAUAAGUUACUGUCCUCCAUCAGAAGCGGCAUUGUCCAACGGGAAGAGCUUGGUCAUCAUAGUCUACAAUCCUUUAGGAUGGAAGAGAGAGGAAGCAAUUCGGAUUCCCGUUUCCUCUGAGGGGGUAAUAGUCAUGGAUUCUGCUGGAAGAGAAAUUGAAUCUCAACUUCUUCCUCUGUCCAAUGCCUCUUUGAGCAUCAGAAAUUACCAUGUAAAAGCAUAUUUGGGUAGAUCUCCUGGUGAAACAAUGAAAUACUGGCUUGCCUUUUCUGUAUCUGUACCACCGCUUGGUUUCAGCACUUACACUGUCGCAAGUGCCAAAGGGACAGGUGCAUCAAAAUCCGAAGUAUAUAAUCCAGAAGGAAAUGGGGAUUAUACAGUAGAAGUUGGCCAAGGAAAUUUAAAGCUGCUUUAUACUGCCCAUGGGGGAAAUCUUAUUCACUACAGUAAUGGCAGAAGUUUGGUUACAACAUCUGCUCAGCAAACGUACAGUUACUACUCUGCAUACAAUGGAACUGACAAAGAUCCCCAGGCUUCGGGGGCAUACGUUUUCCGUCCAAAUCGCACUUUCCCCAUAGACUCUGAGGGCCAGAGAUCAUUAUCUGUUAUGCGGGGUCCACUCAUGGAUGAAGUACAUCAACAAGUCAAUCCGUGGAUAUACCAGAUCACCAGGGUGUACAAAGCAAAAGAACAUGCUGAAGUUGAGUUCAAUAUUGGGCCUAUACCUGCUGAUGACGGAGUUGGGAAAGAAAUAACAACUCGAAUUACAUCUGCCAUGAUGACCAAUAAAACCUUUUUCACAGAUUCUAAUGGACGGGACUUCAUUAAAAGGGUUCGAGAUUACAGAGAAGACUGGGACCUACAAGUGAACGAACGUGUUGCUGGAAACUAUUACCCUAUUAAUCUAGGAAUUUAUAUCAAGGAUGAAAGCACAGAACUGUCAGUGUUGGUGGAUCGUGCAGUGGGUGGAUCCAGUUUGGUGGAUGGUCAAAUAGAGCUGAUGCUUCAUAGGAGGCUACUUCAUGAUGAUUCUAGAGGUGUUGGAGAGGCUCUAAAUGAAGAAGUUUGUGCUCUUGAGGAAUGCAAAGGUUUAACAGUCCUGGGAAAAUUCUAUAUCAGAAUAGAUCCUCUUGGAGAUGGUGCCAAGUGGCGUCGCACAUUUGGCCAAGAGAUAUAUUCACCACUUCUUCUAGCAUUUACUGAGCUGGAUGGAAGUAAUUGGACGAAUUCUCAUGUACCAACAUUUUCUGGGAUCGAUCCUACCUAUAGUUUACCAAACAACAUUGCGGUGAUAACUCUCCAGGAACUUGAAAGUGGAAGAGUGCUCCUUCGGUUAGCUCAUCUAUAUGAGACUGGAGAGGACAGCAAUUAUUCUAAACUAACCAGUGUGGAAUUGAAGAAGUUGUUCCCAACCAAGAAGAUCCAAAAAGUGACAGAGAUGAACUUGUCGGCCAAUCAAGAGAGAGCUGAAAUGGAGACAAAGAGACUAGUUUGGAAAAUAGAAAGCUCUUCAGAUGAAGCCAAGGUAGUGAGGGGAGGACCUGUCGAUCCUGCGAAACUGGUGGUUGAACUUGCCCCAAUGGAAAUCCGCACGUUUUUUAUUGACUUUGAGAUCGGUGGCUCCGUUGCAGUUGUCUAGAUUGCAAGUUAUUACAGUGUUGCAUUUAGUUGCGAAUAGAUGAAGUACCCAUGUUGGUGACUGGUGUUCCUCCCGUUUUCAAGUUGUCACUUUUUCUAAGGUUUGUUUAUUUAUUAUUAUUAUAGGAAACUGGUUCUUGAUGCUUUAGUUGCUCUUGGAUGGGUUUGGAUUGCAAACAGUUAUGGCUUGGUUCCUACUGAAAUAACACAUUUAUUAUUA